UUAAUCUCUGUAAUUCUGCAACCUAUACACAGAAAGUUGUGUCUUUCAGAUCCCAAUAUGUAAUCUCUAUCUCUACAUAUAUAUAUUGAACCUUACUGUACUAUUGUUUAAAGCAAAAGGUGAAUAGUUAAAGCAGUUUGUUUGGGUGCUAAGAAAAAAAAAUUUAUAAUAAUAUGCAAGAACAAGGCACAAACAUCAUGGGUUCUGGUGGUGGUGGCUCCGGAGAGCAGAACCACCAGCUCAAGGCGGAGAUCGUCACCCAUCCGCUGUACGAGCAGCUGCUCUCCGCCCAUGUAGCGUGUUUACGGGUGGCGACACCGAUUGAUCAACUGCCACUUAUUGAUUCUCAACUCUCUGAGUCUCAGAAUCUCCUGAGGUCUUAUGCUCAUUAUAAUGUUUCUCAGUCUCUAUCUCUACAUCAAAGGCAAGAACUUGACAAUUUCUUGACACAGUACUUGUUAGUAUUGUGUUCAUUUAGAGAAGAUCUGCAGCAACAUGUUAGAGUCCAUGCUGUUGAGGCUGUCAUGGCCUGCCGUGAAAUUGAGCACAAUUUACAAACUUUGACAGGAGCAACACUAGGUGAAGGAACCAGUGCAACUAUGUCGGACGAUGAGGAUGAACUGCAGAUGGAUUUCUCAUUAGAUCAAUCGGGAAGUGAUGGACAUGAUCUGAUGGGAUUUGGACCACUGAUUCCAACAGAAUCAGAGAGGUCUCUUAUGGAAAGAGUUAGACAAGAACUCAAAAUUGAACUUAAACAGGGAUUUAAGUCGAAAAUCGAAGAUGUGAGAGAAGAAAUAUUAAGAAAAAGAAGGGCAGGAAAGUUACCAGGUGACACAACUACAGUGCUUAAGGAUUGGUGGCAGCAACACUCAAAGUGGCCUUAUCCAACUGAAGAUGACAAGGCAAAACUUGUAGAGCUAACAGGGUUGCAGCUAAAGCAAAUAAACAAUUGGUUCAUAAACCAAAGGAAGAGGAAUUGGCACAGCAAUUCACAGACUGCUACAUCUUUGAAGUCCAAGCGCAAGAGAUAGAGAAAGUUGUGCUGUAUUUAAGCUUUGGGGACCACAUUGCAAAUGUGUUGAUAGAUCAAGGACUAAUCGUGCAAUUUUCCUUCAUGUCAGUAAGCUAAUGGAAUGUAACGUUCGGAUAAGUAAAGUUUUCUUUAAACAUUUGACGAAGUGUAUGGUAAAUCGAUUGAGGUGUUCAAGUUA